UUUUUCCAUUGUUUAAUAAUGGUGUACAUUGAUACCACACAAAAAAAUAAUCAACAAGGCUGAAGCCGCUCUGUGCGGCGACAUAAGCAAAGGUGACUUACCAUUUUCCCUUCCAUUAUCCCAUUGAAUGCCAGCAAAAUUCUUCUCAUCUUCACUUUACUGUAGAAUUUAGCAUGACAGGAGUUCAUACUAUUUGGUUUAAACACUUAGAAAGUCAAACUCUUUUAGAAAAUCCAGAUACAAUUUUGUUCUCUGGUGGAUUAUUUCUUGACCCAUUGAUUCCUUCUUCAAUUACAACUAAUUUUCUAAAAAUAUCAUCAAUUGAUGAUUCUAGUGAGUUGCAUUUUCCCAUUUCUCGUCGUAGUAGACCAAUUUUCCGGCGAGAAAAAAAGAGUGUUCGUGCCGGUUUUGGGGGUAAAUUCUUGUGUUUGAGUUUAUCAGUCAAGAAGAGUACUGGGGUUGUUGGGAAUUCGAGUGAAUGUUUGUUGAGUAAUGGAGAUGAGAGUUUAAAGGUGGAGGAGACUAGUAAUGGGGAUGAGAGGAAGCGAAAUAUUGGGUUACGGGGACGUGGUGCAGUGAACACCAGCAAACAUUUGUGGGCUGGAGCAGUUGCUGCAAUGGUGUCAAGAACUGUUGUUGCUCCACUUGAAAGACUAAAGCUGGAAUAUAUAGUUCGUGGUGAACAGAAGCAGCUGUUGGAGCUCAUCAAAACAAUUGCUGCUAGUCAAGGCUUGAGAGGCUUUUGGAAAGGGAACUUGGUCAAUAUCCUUCGUACUGCUCCUUUUAAGGCAGUUAAUUUUUGUGCUUUUGACACAUACAGAAAGCAACUCCUAAGAUUAUCAGGAAAUGAAGAAACCACUAAUGCCGAGCGGUUUGUUGCUGGUGCUGCAGCUGGAGUGACUGCUACUGUGAUGUGCUUACCACUGGACACUAUCCGGACCAAGUUAGUGGCACGGGGUGGAGAAGCCUUGGGUGGUGUGGUAGGAGCUUUCCAACACGUGAUCAGAACUGAAGGAUUCUUCUCUCUUUAUAAGGGACUAGUACCCUCCAUUUUGAGUAUGGCCCCAGCAGCGGCUGUUUUCUAUGGUGUAUACGACAUAUUAAAAUCAGCUUAUUUGCAUUCACCAGAAGGCAGGAAAAGAAUAGAGUAUAUGAAGGUUCAGGGUGCAGAGCUCAAUGCUUUUGACCAGCUUGAGUUGGGACCUAUGAGGACCUUACUUCAUGGUGCUAUUGCUGGUGCUUGUGCUGAAGCUGCAACCUAUCCAUUUGAGGUCAUUAGAAGGCAACUUCAAUUACAAGGCCGAGCAUCUAAACUAAGUGCCCUGGCAACAUGUGCGAAGAUUAUUGAACAUGGAGGAGUUCCAGCUCUAUAUGCAGGACUAAUACCUAGUUUACUACAGGUGUUACCUUCAGCCUCCAUAAGCUACUUCGUCUAUGAGUUCAUGAAGAUUGUUCUCAAAGUGGAAUGAAGGACAUCUGUUGCUAAGUAGUGAGGUACAAAAACAUUGCAUUACAGUGUUAUUCAUCACCUUGAUGUUAAAGAGGUAGGAUCUAGUUUGUUGGACAUGAAAGCUAAAGUUUCUCUCUAACACUUGAUGAAAUCCUUAGCUUAAAUCCAGGCUCACAGACUCGAUGCUAUAUUUUACUCUUCUCUAUCCCAAAAGAAAAACAAUUUUGUUCAAA